AUGGGUGUUCCUAAAUUCUUUAGAUGGCUGAGCGAGCGAUAUCCUGCCAUAUCACAGCUGAUUGCCGAAAAUCGCAUUCCCGAAUUCGACUGUCUUUACUUGGAUAUGAAUGGCAUCAUUCACAACUGCACACACAAAGACUCGGACUCUCCAUCCUUCCGCAUGACGGAGGACAAAAUGUUCAUUGCAAUUUUCAAUUACAUCGAGCACCUUUUUGGCACAAUCAAGCCCAAGAAGCUGUUCUUUAUGGCCAUUGAUGGGGUAGCGCCCAGAGCCAAGAUGAAUCAGCAGCGUGCUCGCCGAUUUCGUACCGCCUUAGACGCGGAGAAAGCCCGAGAAAAGGCCAUCAAGGAAGGCCUGGAAAUGCCCAAAGAAGAUCCUUUUGACAGCAAUUGUAUUACUCCCGGCACCGAGUUUAUGGCCAAACUCACCAAGCAGCUGAAAUAUUUCAUCAGCAAAAAAGUCUCCGAGGAUGUUGAUUGGCAAGGUGUGGAAGUGGUUUUAUCCGGCCACGAAGUACCCGGAGAGGGCGAACAUAAGAUCAUGGAGUACAUUCGACAAGCAAAAGCACAGCCCGGCUACGACCCUAACGUCCGCCAUUGUCUGUACGGAUUGGAUGCAGAUCUGAUCAUGUUAGGACUUCUCAGCCAUGAUCCCCAUUUCUGCUUGUUGCGAGAAGAAGUCACGUUUGGGAGAUCAUCAACCAAAAAGUCCAAAGAGCUGGAACAUCAGAACUUCUACCUCAUGCAUCUGUGUAUCGUCAGAGAAUACCUGGAGUUGGAGUUCCAAGAAGUACAACACGAAUUGCAACGGGCAGGCGACCUUGGCUUUACCUACGACAUGGAACGAAUCAUUGACGACUUCAUUUUGAUGGCUUUUUUCGUGGGCAACGAUUUUCUACCCAACCUACCCAAUUUGCAUAUCAACGAAGGAGCGCUGGCGCUCAUGUUUCAAAAAUACAAACAGAUUCUUCCCACGUUGGGAGGCUAUAUCAACGAGCAAGGAGUGAUCAACCUGCCCAGAUUGGAAGUCCUUCUUGACGCAUUGGCCGAGGUUGAGUUCCGCUUUUUUGAGGCCGAAUAUUCUGACGCCAAAUGGAUCAAUGCCAAACGAAACACCCCGGAGGAAGAUGCACCGGUGAAGGCAUUGCGGGGUCCAAUUAGAAUCUCCCCCGAGCAGAAGACACUCUUCAAAGAGGUCAAGAGAUAUUUUAUUUCUCCCGCGAAUAAAGACCCGGCUACGAGACAGCCGCUCGAUCUACCACCCACUCUUCCUGCGAGAGACCGACGCUUCGUGCAGCAAUUGGCGACCGAUUUGAAUCUUCAGUGGGCGACGCAAGAAGAUGAGGAUGGUAAUCGUUUUAUUCAGUUAGAGUUCCCAUCCGCCGAAGAUGACGCAGAGUCUGACGAAGAAGAGGAAGCACAGCUUGCUGUCACAAGAGUCCUGAAACGAUACGAAAAUGCCAUAGUGGAGGAGGCCACCGACGAACAAACCCGGCAGGACCUCAACAAGAAAUAUGACCAGAAAUUCUUUGAGUGGAAAGAUAAAUACUACGAGGAAAAAUUUGGAUGGGGCCUCGAAAACGAUCAAGAGAUGCAACAGUUGACAGAAAACUAUGUCCAAGGUUUGCAAUGGGUGUUGUAUUACUACUACCGAGGUGUGGCAUCUUGGCCAUGGUUCUAUCAGUAUCACUACUCGCCCAUGAUUUCCGAUGUCAAGAAAGGCCUAGGGGCAGACAUGAACUUCCAACUUGGUCAACCGUUCCGUCCGUUCCAGCAAUUGAUGGGAGUGUUGCCAGACCGAAGCAAGAAGAUCGUCCCCGAAGUGUAUCAUAAAUUGAUGACUUCCGAGGAUUCGCCGAUCAUCGACUUCUACCCUCGAGAUUUCGAAUUGGACAUGAAUGGCAAGAAAAUGGAUUGGGAAGCCGUGGUCAAAAUCCCAUUUAUCGACGAAGAGCGGUUGUUAAGUGCCAUGGCUCCUCAGGAUAAGUUACUGUCAGAAGAAGAGCGUCUUCGAAACGACUUCGGCAUUAGUCUCAAGUUCACCUAUUCACCAGAGGUAGACUACACCUAUCCGUCUUCCCUUGUCGGCAUAUUCCCGGAUCUCCCACAUUGUCACUGCAUUCAAAAUGAAUUUGAGCUUCCCACCAUGGACGGGCUGGAGCCCUUUAUUGGCUUGGUUGAUGGGGUCCAGCUCGGAGCUGCCGCCUUGGCUGGUUUCCCCAGCUUGAAAACAUUGCCAUUCACCGGCUCAUUAGGAUUCCACGGGGUCAAUGUUUUCCAGCAGGAGAGUCGAAAUGAAAGCAUGAUCAUCACCUUGUCGGACACGGAAAACCGAACUCGUACCGAACAUGCCAAACUCCUCCUGAACCGACGCGUCUUUGUUGGUUACCCCUUUUUGCAGGAGGCCAAGGUGGUCAAGGUAUCAGACGAGCUGUUCGAUUACAUCAUGCCAGAAACCGGACCCCGUCAAGUCAAAGCGGUUGAACAUACCGGAAAUGAAAUCGACCAGUUCCAUAAAAAGGCCGAACGGAUCGAACAAUGGUACAGCAAGAGACUUGGCAUGUUGACCGGUGAUGUGGAGUCCAUGGUCCAAGUCGAGAUGCUGAAAGGUCUUCGGAAACUUGAUGAUGGAUCUACGGUCAAAGAAUUCGCCGAGCUCCCCGGUCUGGAAACGAUUCAUGCAAGUCAACUUGUGGUGGAAAGUGUGAUCAGCGAGGAUGUUCGUUUCAUCGAAAAAGCCGCCGUACCCAUUGAAGAAGAAUUUCCUGAUGGUACAAACGCCUUUUUCCUCGGCGAUUAUGCAUACGGAAGACCGGUCAGUGUCGUUGGCCAUGAAGCUGGCAAAGCAAAAUGUUUGAUUGCCAUUUCUAAAGGACGGCAAACCGAAUUCGGACGCGAAAUCGCUCGUCAUGCGGAGAAAUUGUCGCCUUAUACGCCGUCAUAUCAAAUUGCUCGAAGUCUCAAUUUAAACGCCUUGGCAUUGGCAAAGAUCACAUCGUCGUUUUCGGUCAAAGUCGACGACAACACCAAAGCCAAUUUGGGCCUCAACCUCAAGUUCGAAGCGAAGAAGCUCAAAGUCCUCGGCUAUUCUCGAAAGAGUGAGAGCGGAUGGGAAUUCAGUCAAGCAGCCAUUGAAUUGAUCCAGCAGUAUAUGAUCAAAUUCCCUCAAUUCAUCGCUGGAAUCCAUGCCAAUCCUCAAGGAGACAUGUUGCCUGCCACGGCCUAUUUUCCUGGUACCGAGCAAGAAGCCAAGGCAAAAGUGAAAGAAAUUCAAGCAUGGCUCAAAGAGAUCGAAUCCAAGAGCUUUGAAAAAGUGCCCUUGGAAGCCGAACAACUGGAUUCUGAAAUUGUCAAGCAGAUCGAAUUGGCAGCCGAUGAAGCAUUGCGCAGUGAACCACCGCCGCAGAAUAAAACGAUCAGUGGCGUCCCUCGAAACGGUCUCUUGAAACCUUCCGAUGCUCAAUGGCGUCUAGGACAUCAGAAAUUCGUUCUUGGGGAUCGAGUAAUCUACGUGGCCGACUCGGGCAAAGUUCCCAUCGCGUCCAAGGGCACUGUCGUCGGUCUUACACAAACCACGAGGGAGACGUGGCUCGACAUUGUCUUUGAUGUCUCUUUUAUGAGUGGGACAUCUUUAGGAGAUCGAUGCUCUCCCUUCCGAGGAUCCACCGUGCCUACGUGGUCGGUGCUGAAUCUCAGUAACAGACAAGUUCUAGCAUCAUCAAAGGCCAGUGCAACCCGAAAAGCAAAUAGGCCAAGUCCAUCUCCACUUACCGUUGCCGGCUACGGUCAACCACGGAUCAAUGGUCAAGACCAACUCCGACCUGCUCAGACACCACCCGCGUUGAGAGGAUCGUGGCGUGGUGCUGUAACUGGACAAGCACCCAACGGUCGAGGACAUUCUCCUGGAACAUGGACGCCACUACGAAAUCAAUCGAAUUCGCUUGCCAACGGUCAUGGCCGUGGAGGACACGGAUCAAUGGCUCCGACGACUCGAGCAGGAUAUACAGCGGUCGAUCGAGGUGACCUUCAUGCAGGUGUGAUCCAGAACAAUCCCAAUUUCCGGCCAAAAGCACACCACCACGUCCCUCCGCCUGCGAGUUUAAACCAUCCUUCGACGCCACGCGGACGUGGCAGAGGGCGAGGAGGUGCCACGCGAGGAGGAGGACGUGGCGGUAAGACAUAG